AACCAUAACAGGAAGUGUGAAAAACGGUCAAAAUGUUAUCUAGCUAAGUGAAACGCGAUUUAAAAAGUGAGAAAGGGUAACGUUUUCGCCACAGAAAUACUGCAAUUGUUUGAAUAGAACGCAUACCAAACUUCUGAUUUCUAAGAGUUGUUUGGAAUUAUUCAGCUAGCGUCACUAGCCUUCAACGAUUGCUAAUAGUAGUGCGUUGACCAAAAUGGAUGACAGUAAGAUGGUUGGGGGCAAAGUUAAAAAACCUGGAAAGCGUGGCCGCAAACCUGCUAAAAUUGAUUUGAAGGCAAAACUGGAACGCAGUAGACAGAGUGCAAGGGAGUGUCGUGCGAGAAAGAAGUUAAGGUAUCAAUACCUGGAGGAGCUGGUGUCCAGCAAGGAGAGAGCAAUCUGUGCCUUGCGCGAGGAGUUGGAGAUGUACAAACAGUGGUGCUCUGCCAUGGAUCAAGGAAAAAUCCCUUCUGAAAUCAAAGCCCUUCUCACUGGGGAUGAUCAGAAAAUGCCCCAGAGCACGAGCAACAAGACAAGCAAGAAUGGAAAGAACAGCAGUUAAUCUGCUGGUGUGACAUCAGGCUACUCCAUCAGAAAGAGAGGCCUCCUCUAUGAUGGAGGUUAAGAACUUUGGACUGGAGAAUGAAGGAAAAUGAGAAAUGUAUAUUUGUGUCCACCGGUUUCAGUCCGUGCUAAUUAGUUAAGGUAAUUCUAGUGCAGUCAUUUUCAAAACUACAAUAAGACCAGACAUUAUGUUAGUAAAGGCAGUCAAAAGGGUAUGACAGGGUUAUAUACGGUGUAUGUAUAUCUCUGUUGGCUAUAGAGGCUAUACUCAAAUGUGAUACAAAUUCACAUUUGACUCUAAUGAAUGGUUGAGGUUCUGACCAGAUGAGUGAAUAAGCAACAAUACAGGCUUAAUACUAAUUUGAUACAUUUGUGCUCCACUACAAGAUCAGGAGUGGGAGGGGAACAGUUCUGAACCGAAGAGAAACAAAAAAAUCAGGCUAUGUAUCAUGCAUGUGAAUUAAUUUGGAAUUCAGGCCAGUGUUAGCCAUUUCUCCCAACUUCCUCUCAAAAUAUUUGCGCACGUCCGUGUCUGGAUAUAUUUAUUUGCGCAACUAGUUUCUUAGUCGAUCUUGUUACGGGUUGAAAGUGUUUGAAUUGGAUUAGGCCAACUCCACUCUGAAGUCUCUCAACCUCCAUCUAUCAUUCUUGCAAAGUGUCUAUUUGUAUCUGUUGUUGUUUAAUUAUGAUUUAUGACUAACUGUCCAGGAAAGCAUACCAUUUUAAAUCACAUGAUACAGGCUUCUACUUAGUUUUGGCAAUAUUUGGCUUAUUUUGCUAAUCAAGUUUGCCAAAAGAUACGAUAAUCUAGCCUCAUGGCAUAAUACGAAUGCAAACAUAUAUUUGGAGAUGAUAAAGUAAUGUUGACAUGUUGAUUGGAUACAUGUUGGAUUUAUUUUUUUAUUUAUAUUUUGUAUUGGAUAACAGAGAGCACUUUGCAGGUUUUUGUAGUAUGUCCUUGAAUGUACUGUAUUGUCUAUGCCUGAUAUUGGUGUGGCAACGAUAUUUUUUAUUUGUUGGUUUUAUAAAAAUGGAAUCGCUUCUACCUAAAGUGAGAUGAUGGAGUUCUGACGGUGUUCUUGUAGAAAUAAUGAGGCUUUGGGGGCAUGGUCAAGUCGGUACAUUUGACUAUGGAUUUCAUACUUAACCUACAGUAUCUACUCACAUCCCAUCAUCAUAGUCCUGCUACAUUGAUAAGCUACUCACAAUUAUAUCAGUGUAUAUUUGAAAAAAUUAAGGUGCCUCUUUUUGCGUGUGCCCGUUAAUCAUCAAUAUGAUAGCAUGAUGAGGUAUUCAUCCUUCGAUGUCCACUAUUCACUACUGUGUUUUCAUUCAUUGGCUAGGGGAAGAAUUGGUAUGCUUUGGUCUAGGAAUGUACUUUCCACAACAAUAUUGUUUUCCUAUGCUUUCCUUAUCCACAACGUGCAGAGUAACAGAGCAGAUUUUUGCUGGUAUGUUAUUUAUGUUGAGUAGUGCUGCAUCUUUUGAAUCUAAUGUGCCAGGACCAGGAACUGUCAAGAAGGCCUUUAUCUUGCAUAUUGACGCCACGAUGAGUAAGAUUAUGUUGUGCAUGAAUGUCUCCUUUGGUCCUGGAAUGAGAAGGAAUGUACUGAUGUUGACAUAAAGCAGAAUAAAACAUAACAUGUA